UCUUGCCUCCAUCCUCCCCACAGCCAUGUCUAUCCAGAAGAUCCAUGCCCGUGAAAUCCUCGACUCUCGGGGGAACCCGACGGUGGAGGUCGAUUUGCACACUGGCAAGGGCCGGUUCCGGGCUGCUGUGCCCAGCGGGGCCUCCACUGGCAUCUACGAGGCCCUGGAGCUCCGGGAUGGGGACAAGGCCAGGUACCUGGGCAAAGGGGUGUUGAAAGCCGUGGAACACAUCAACAAGACCAUCGCCCCCGCCUUGAUUGAGAAGAAGAUUAGCGUGGUUGAGCAGGAGAAGAUCGACAAAAUCAUGAUCGACUUGGAUGGAACAGAGAACAAAUCCAAGUUUGGGGCCAAUGCCAUCCUGGGGGUAUCGCUCGCCGUCUGCAAGGCCGGUGCAGCGGAGAAAGGCGUCCACCUCUACCGCCACAUUGCUGACCUGGCCGGCAACAAGGAAGUCAUCCUGCCUGUCCCCGCAUUCAAUGUGAUCAACGGGGGCUCCCAUGCUGGGAACAAGCUAGCGAUGCAAGAGUUCAUGAUCCUGCCUGUGGGGGCGAGCACCUUCAAGGAGGCCAUGAGGAUUGGGGCCGAAGUCUACCACAACCUGAAGGCCGUCAUCAAGAGCAAAUACGGGAAGGACGCCACCAACGUGGGCGACGAGGGCGGCUUUGCCCCCAACAUCCUGGAGAACAACGAAGCCUUGGAGCUGCUGAAGAGCGCCAUCGAGAAAGCCGGCUACCCGGACAAGGUGGUCAUCGGCAUGGACGUGGCGGCCUCCGAGUUCUUCCGCAAAGGCCAGUACGACCUGGACUUCAAGUCCCCCGACGACCCCAAGCGCUACAUCUCUGGCGACAAGCUGGGCGAGCUGUACCAGAGCUUCAUCAAGAACUACCCCGUGGUUUCCAUCGAGGACCCCUUUGACCAGGACGACUGGGAGACGUGGAAGUCGUUCCUGACGAAGGUGCAGAUCCAGAUCGUGGGGGAUGACUUGACUGUCACCAACCCCAAGCGGAUCCAGAAAGCGGUGGAGCAGAAAGCCUGCAACUGCCUCCUGCUCAAGGUCAACCAGAUCGGCUCCGUCACCGAGUCCAUCCAGGCCUGCAAACUGGCCCAGACGAACGGCUGGGGGGUCAUGGUGAGCCACCGCUCCGGGGAAACGGAGGACACCUUCAUUGCUGACCUGGUUGUGGGACUCUGCACAGGACAGAUCAAAACCGGAGCCCCCUGCCGGUCCGAGCGUCUGGCCAAGUACAACCAGCUGAUGAGAAUCGAGGAAGAGCUGGGGGAGAAGGCACAUUUCGCCGGUCGCAAAUUCCGGCACCCCAUGGCCAAGUAAACCAUGGCUCUGGCCUACGGCUCCGCCCCAGGGGAAAAGAGCUCCGCAGAGACCCGAAACCAACGGCCUCCCACCUGGGGCGCUGUGCUGCUGUGCACCCGAGGGGCGUCGAGAACAUCCACCGGGGCCGUUUGGACUCCAUCCUGGUUUUGCAUUCAGGGCCCUGUGUGAAUGCACUCACAGCGCACCUGUGGAGCUGCUGCCCCAUCCCACCUUGGGGCCAUGAAUAAAACGCCCGCUGUGCCAAACCAA